AUGGACGCAUACUGCAGAGAAAUACGCAAAUUGGAGUCCAAAUUCUACGGACUCGAGUUCCACCAUGUCCUCCGUGACUACAACAUCGCCGCCGAUGUCCUCUCCAAGCUAGGCUCCAAACGAGCUCUUGUCCCAGCGGGUGUCUUCGUUCAGGCUCUCAGGAGCCCCAUGGUGAAAAUUGAGGAGGAGCUACCAACCAAGCCCGACUUGGUACCUGCUCUAGGGCAUGAGGUACUUGUUGCCGACCUAGAUUGGCGCGCGCCAAUCCUUGCCUUCAUCAAGAACAAUAAGUCCUACCCCAAAGGCAAAGAACAUGAAAAGCUCGUCUAUCGAGCUGCCAACUACGUCGUCAUCGGCUCCGACCUCUUCAGGCACUUGGCAUCAUCAGGAUCCCUGUCAAAGUGCAUCUCCCAAGAAGAUGGUGUCCACCUCCUCAGCGAGAUCCAUUCUGGCAUCUGCGGAAACCACGUCGGGGCCUCCACCCUGGUCGGCAAGGCGUUCAGGUCAGGUUUCUACUAG